AUGGCGACGAUAGUGCAGUGUCUUUCUUCCUGUGCGAGUCUCGAUUCCAAAUUCAAGGCCCUUUCUCUCAAGGGAUUUUCUUCUUCUUUCUCUUCGUCAUCACCUUCUUCAUCUUCUUCCUUCCCCACUCGUCGCGGUUCAGCUACUUUAUGCUCCUCCUCCCUUAGCUUCUCUCAGAGCGUUUCACAAUGCGUCGCCUUCUCCUCCGGGAAUUUGUGGGUACAGAAACCAGUGAGGCAAUCGAUUGUGUGUGAGGCUGCUCCGACGAAGAAAGCUGAUUCAGCUGCAAAGAGAGCUCGCCAAUCCGAGAAGAGGCGCGUCUACAACAAAUCUAAGAAAUCUGAAGCCCGAACCCGAAUGAAGAAGGUCUUGGAAGCACUCGAGGGGCUCAAGAAGAAACCAGAUGCGCAACAGGAUGAGAUUGUAACCGUGGAGAAACUCAUAGGAGAGGCUUAUUCUGCAAUCGACAAAGCGGUCAAGGUUAGAGCUCUACACAAGAACACUGGUGCUCGUAGGAAGUCUCGUUUAGCUCGGAGGAAAAAGGCCGUUGAGAUCCACCACGGUUGGUACGUCCCAGACACAGCAGCAGCUGCACCAACAGAAGCUGUGUCCAUGGCUGCAUAA